CCCGCGUCGCAGCGCUGCGGCUGAGAACGCUUCUCUGGGAGGCCGGUAGCCUCGGGGUGCCAGUAUGUAAAGCAGCUGGCGGGGCUGGGCGGAACCUGAGGGCGAUGCAAAUGAUGGAGGCGGGGUCUGCCCGCGGCUCCGCCUCCCUCCCCCGCAGCUGGGGCCAGCGGUGCCAAGCGCAGCUGGUCGAGUGGCGGCAGCUGGGCGAGUGACAGCCCCAGCUCCGCGCGCCGCGGCCGCCAGAGCCGGCGCAGGGGAAGCGUCCGCGGCCCCGGGCGGCAGAGCGGCCGCCUUCUCCCGCGCCUCCCGGGCCCGCAGCGCGCGGUACCGCGGCCCCUGGCCGGCACCUCUCGUGCUCCCGCUCCCCGCGCGCAAGAUGGCUGACCCGGCUGCGGGGCCGCCGCCGAGCGAGGGCGAGGAGAGCACGGUGCGCUUCGCCCGCAAAGGCGCCCUCCGGCAGAAGAACGUGCACGAGGUGAAGAACCACAAAUUCACAGCCCGCUUCUUCAAGCAGCCCACCUUCUGCAGCCACUGCACCGACUUCAUCUGGGGCUUCGGGAAGCAAGGAUUCCAGUGCCAAGUCUGCUGUUUUGUCGUGCACAAGCGGUGCCAUGAGUUUGUCACUUUCUCCUGCCCCGGCGCUGACAAGGGUCCAGCCUCCGAUGACCCCCGAAGCAAACACAAGUUCAAGAUCCACACAUACUCCAGCCCCACGUUUUGUGACCACUGUGGGUCACUGCUGUAUGGACUCAUCCACCAGGGGAUGAAAUGUGACACCUGCAUGAUGAACGUCCACAAGCGCUGCGUGAUGAACGUCCCCAGCCUCUGCGGCACAGACCACACGGAGCGCCGCGGCCGCAUCUACAUCCAGGCCCACAUCGAGAGGGAGGUCCUUAUCGUUGUCGUAAGAGAUGCUAAAAACCUUGUACCUAUGGACCCUAAUGGCUUGUCAGAUCCUUACGUGAAACUGAAACUGAUUCCUGAUCCCAAGAGUGAGAGCAAGCAGAAGACCAAAACCAUCAAGUGCUCCCUCAACCCUGAGUGGAACGAGACAUUUAGAUUCCAGCUGAAAGAGUCGGACAAAGACAGAAGACUGUCUGUAGAGAUUUGGGAUUGGGAUCUGACCAGUAGGAAUGACUUCAUGGGAUCUUUGUCAUUUGGGAUUUCUGAACUGCAGAAAGCUGGUGUUGAUGGCUGGUUUAAGUUACUGAGCCAGGAGGAAGGCGAGUACUUCAACGUACCUGUGCCACCGGAAGGCAGUGAGGGCAACGAGGAACUGCGGCAGAAAUUUGAGAGGGCCAAGAUCAAUCAGGGGACCAAGGCUCCUGAAGAAAAGACGACUAACACCAUAUCCAAAUUUGACAACAACGGGAACAGGGACCGGAUGAAACUGACUGAUUUUCACUUCCUGAUGGUGCUUGGAAAAGGCAGCUUUGGCAAGGUCAUGCUCUCUGAGCGGAAGGGCACAGAUGAGCUCUACGCCGUGAAGAUCCUGAAGAAGGACGUGGUGAUCCAAGAUGAUGACGUGGAAUGCACGAUGGUAGAGAAGCGGGUGCUGGCCCUGCCCGGGAAGCCGCCCUUCCUGACCCAGCUGCAUUCCUGCUUCCAGACCAUGGACCGCCUGUACUUUGUGAUGGAGUAUGUGAAUGGUGGCGACCUCAUGUACCACAUCCAACAAGUGGGCCGGUUCAAGGAACCUCACGCUGUAUUUUAUGCUGCAGAAAUUGCCAUCGGUCUGUUCUUCUUACAGAGCAAGGGCAUCAUUUACCGAGACCUGAAACUUGACAAUGUGAUGCUGGAUUCUGAGGGUCACAUCAAGAUCGCUGAUUUCGGCAUGUGUAAGGAAAACGUCUGGGACGGAGUGACAACCAAGACCUUCUGUGGCACUCCAGACUACAUCGCCCCUGAGAUAAUUGCUUAUCAGCCCUAUGGGAAGUCCGUGGAUUGGUGGGCAUUCGGAGUCCUGCUGUAUGAGAUGUUGGCUGGGCAGGCACCCUUUGAAGGGGAGGAUGAAGAUGAACUCUUCCAGUCUAUCAUGGAACACAACGUGGCUUAUCCAAAGUCCAUGUCCAAGGAAGCUGUGGCCAUCUGCAAAGGGCUGAUGACGAAACACCCGGGCAAACGUCUGGGUUGUGGACCUGAAGGUGAACGUGACAUCAAAGAGCACGCGUUUUUCCGGUAUAUUGACUGGGAGAAGCUUGAACGCAAAGAGAUUCAACCCCCGUAUAAGCCGAAAGCCUGUGGGCGAAAUGCUGAAAACUUCGACCGAUUUUUCACCCGCCAUCCACCAGUCCUAACACCUCCUGACCAGGAAGUCAUCAGGAAUAUUGACCAAUCAGAAUUCGAAGGAUUUUCCUUUGUUAACUCUGAAUUUUUAAAACCUGAAGUCAAGAGCUAAGUAGAUGUGUAGAUUUCCGUCCUGCAUUUCUGUCAUUCAAGCUCAACGGCUAUUGUGGUGACAUUUUUUUUUUUUAAUUGCAAAGUUGCAUCCGUGUUUUAUUUGCUGAUGAAACUAGAGUGACCAUGUUUCAGGACCCAAAUGUCCUCAGGUAGUUUGGAGCAUCUCUGUGAGAUGGGAUUAUGCAGAUGGCAUGUUGAAAAUGUGGCUGCAUUAUUAGCACAUUAUCAAAGUCCUUUUAGCACUUAUUUUCCCCAGCAUGUCAGUGAAGUAGGUCCAGUGGGGACAGAACAUGCCUGCUUUCUUUCCUUUUUUCCUGCGCUGCCAUUUUCACACAUUUUCCAAUCCCAACCAUCCAAUCUAGAUUUUUCCUGCCAAAUAAGUGGAUAAUCGGAUGCUAGCAGUAUUCUUCCACUUCUGGACUUGGAGCUUGGCUUGUAUCCAAGUAGGUGGUUGCUUUGACUUAGAGGGAGUUUCCUCCAUUCUGCCUGGUUUGGAGGCACUGGGAGCUUUGAAAAGAACACGCUAAAAAUAAAAUUUUAUUUGUUAUUUUUUUAAACUCAAAGUUCAGAAGAUUAUCUAAGCCCUUUUAAAACUCCAAGAGUGUGCUUUGAGAUAGUUUCAAUCUAAGGGCACCUCAAGGAGUCAUAAGCCAACCAGCUUGGGCGCUACCUCAACGCUGUAAGCUCUGAUUCCCUGUGUCCCCAAUCACCUUCAUCCCCAAACUACUUGAAAAGGGCAUUUGGACCCACUCCCUGAAAAGACAUGGUCACUUUAGCAAGGUCCUGAAGGGCCGUGGUUUUACAUUACAUUUCAAAGUUUAUUUGCUUUGGGGUUUUAUUUCUGUUGUUGUUCAAAUGCAAAAAAAAAAAAAAAUUACUCUUGUUACACAUGCUUUGAAAUACGUGUCCAAAUGUUAUUAACCACAAUGACCUGCUUUGAUUUACCAAGAAGAUGGCCCUGGAGCCUGGCAGACCCGUGCCUGCGUGGAUGGGAUUUGUCUAGGUUUGUUGUUGGCUUCGGAAAGCUAAUUAAGUGCUCUGAGAAAGACCAUUUCUUGAAAGCAUAGACAGUCGUAUUCCUCACUUUGAUGUUGUUUUGCAAGAUGUUUGCGGAAAUGUUCGUAUCUGGAUGUCUGUUAUGUGCCAUUUUUCUGCUAGCAUCGAGAUACAAUAAAAAAAAAAAAAAGAAAGCAAGAAAGAAGAAAUACUAUUUCAAGGAAAAUGGCUCUCUUUGAAAAACAUGGAACCAAACUACAAAAUGGGGCCUCCUGAGGCUUCACGACAGAAAAAAACUAAACCCAGAACUUAAUCUUGGCCCCAGUGUUUAGCCGGUCAGAGAGGCUGGGACUGUGGACCAUUCAGGGACUCCUGGGGGCCUGUGAUGGGGUGGGGUGAGCUGGCGAGGGGGGCCUCCAGCAAUAUCAGAGCUCAAGGCCCACAUUCCCACCAGAGGCAAGUUUAGGGUCCAGCUACGAGCCGGGCUGGGGCUCUUGAUUUUCUUGUCAAAAUUGCUACUCUUCCCAGCUCACACUCAACCUUUCUAGCAAGUAACUUUAUGAGCCCCCAGAAGCCCAAGGAAACCCCUUGGGUGGAAGAAAUCCCAUUUCCAUCUGAGCAGAUAAGGACAGCAGGUGGUCCUCCAUCCCUGCCUCCUGUCCCCUGCUGUCCUCAGGCAGCCCUAAAGACAACUCUUGUCACAAGUCCAGUGAUUUCUGGAAGUGCCAGGGCUUCUAAGAGACCAUCAAGGGAACUUUAAAAACUUGACAAAUGUCCCUGAAGUGAGACUUCUCAUCUUUUAAAAAACCAUGAUUUGAUCUCCACUUCGGCAAAGCCCCCUGCUGUUCACUGCUUUCUGCCCGCUCUCGUCUCCCUGCUGCGGGCUUUGAGACCAGCCCUGCUGCCGCCGUGGUGGUAGCAAUCUAGACGUCAGGGAAAGCAUACAUGAAGUCCUGGCUGACAAGCUCAGGUGGCGAGAGAAGGAGGGAAGUCGGGGCAGAACCUCCUCAUUUUAUUGUUGGGAAACCAGCAUCUGGAGGGAGGAAGUGACUUGCCCAAUGUCAGCCAGCUGGGCUGUAAACCCAGUUUCCUGCUUCUCGGUGCAGGCCUCUUUCUGCUCUGUGACUACCAUCUCUGAGCUGUGCCUACCAACAGACAAGUUAUUUGAGGUCCUUCACCUGGCUGUUGGGUCACCAGGCCUUUCCUUGGAUAUGCUCUCAGGAAGAUUAAAAACGAUGGAGAAACAUUGGCCCAUCAAUAAAAGAUUACAGACAACUUUAGAGAACAAUGUAGGAUGGAUGGAUGGAUAGAUAGAACUAGGUAGAUAGAGAUAAAUAGAAAGAAUAUACUCUGUGUGUGUGUGUAUACACACACACACACACACACACACACUGCACUCUACAUUUUCCAAAUUGCUGCCAUUAUUUUUCAAAAGUUUAAUAGUUUGCAGAAAUAGGUACUCGAGCCAAAGUCUCUGUUCCCCUAACACACCGAGCUGAGGGUUGGUCAGGGAAGCCUUCUGUGAAAGAGAGGGAUCAUUAGUCAGAAUUCCUGCAGUUGCCUUUUCUAUCAACAUUUCAAGUGCAGAGGAGACUGAGAAACAGAGCUUUCAACAUGUAUAAUCCCAGGGGAAUACUUUGCAAAGGUAUCCAAGAAGGAAGAUUUUGAAUUUAUUUUUGCGAUCGUCCAUGUAUUCCACCCUCCAUUCAUUCACCCAACCAGCAUUUAUUGAGCACCAGCUCUGUGCCAGGCUCUAUUCUGGGUGCCAGGAGCAUGGUGGGGAACCAUGAAGAUGCAAUCCAAGAAGGCAGUCAUUAAACAAGUAAUUAAAAGCAUGAUGUAAUCUAGAGAUAACUAGUCUCUGGGUUAAUCAGGGAAGGCUUCUUUUAAGAAAGAAGAAGUCAUCAAAAGUCUGUGGGGCUCUGCUUUCUCUCUGGAGAUCACAUUUGAGGCUAAAGGAGGAGAUGCAGCAGUGCCCUCUUGACCCAGAUUUGUGGGACAAUCAUAUAGUGCAAUGGUGGGGAAAGAGAGGCAAGAGGGUACCUGGGGUGAGUUUCCUUCCAGAAGGCCGAAGGCACAGUCUCCAUACUUGAACAGCUCACAGAAUCACCAAGAUUUGAGCAGAGAUACCUGUAUGGAGAUGCUUGUAUGGAGAGAGGGAACUGGUUUCAGAGCUCGGUUCCGAGUCCUGAGUCUCACCUUUGGGGUUCAUCACUCAGAUUCCUGCAGGCAUUACUUUUUCUGGCCCUCAGGGAGACACUGCCCCUGGCUCAACACCACCUGGUUCUUCUAGAUGAGACAGGCUGAUAUUUUCCAAAAGAACUUAAAUUAGAGGAGAAGUUUUUAAAAAGAAACUAAAUAAGAUAAUCCAAAGGAACCGAAACACAGUCCAGGGCAGCCAUGGGUCGUUGUCUACCAGGAUCUUAGAAUCCCUCUUUUCAUUUCUUGGACUUCUCACUAACCAGCUUCUCUUCUAAGAAAGCACAGGGCCAUGGUCACAGUGACCUUCUUGGGGAAUUAAUAGGAGGUCAGUGGAAUCAGUAACCCUCCUUGGAGGAGUGAAACUAUUCUCAUGUGGCUUCAGAUACUAUCAACCCAGAAAGGAAUUGUCCCAACAGAGAGGCCCAUUCUUUCCCAACUGCUAGGGUAAAAUUCAGGGGUAUUUUCUAUGAAGAUCUGCCCAUAAUGGCCAGUCCUAUUUAGACCAUGUGAACGAUGGAAGCAUGAGUCAUCACCAGAACAACACAUGGGGAAGGGCCUUCAAUAUUGGGGCUGGUGGGAAGGGAACCUCUUCUGGAUGCCCACAGGCAGGGAAGGCCACGGCGGGGAACCUGAAAGGAGGCAGCUGCCUGCUUCUAGCCCCAGAUAUACCCAGGGCCCACACCCAGCCCUGGAGCUCUCAGAUCUCGAAGGGACUUAACACAGUUCUGUCCAUAUUGGGGCUCACAAUGGACAGGAGCCCGUGUGAGAGACCCGUAGGAUCAAUAGGAACAAAUUCCAUUGUUUUGCUGUAGAGUAUGAUCUCUAGCCCUGGGGGCAACUGUAAGUUGGAGAAAGCAAAGAGGCUCAUCUUUCAUAAAGUCUUCAUUCAUUGACUCAUUCAUUCAACAAAUAAUUGUGGAAGGCCUGCCAUGUGCCAAGUCUUGGCACUGGAAAUAUACAAACAAAGACCUUGCCCUCCUGGAAAGAGGCAAUAAAUAAUCAUGACAGUUCCUGACAGCAGCAAGUGCAAUGAAGACAAUUAAAAAGAUGCUAAAGAAAAAAAAAAAAAAAAGAUGCUAAAGUAUGACUUGUGGGGUCCAGAGAGGGAUGCACAGGCAAUAUUAAAGGAAAAGGUGGCGUGGAAUUCAAGCUUUUCUCUGAACACAGCAAAUAACACAUUCAGUGCCUGGGACAACACAGGACAGGCUGACAGCAGGCAGGACAGGACAAAGCAGAAUAGGUGGGGGGUGGUAAGAGACGGUCCACUGUCCAGAAAACAGCUCCACCGGCAUCUCAGCCCACUCCCCCUGGCCACACUUACUGAAGUGCAUUCUUCAUGUCCCCCUCACCCCUACACCCCUACACAUACACCAGAAGAGUAAUUGGGGCACUUCUUAGGGACAUUUUACCUGUCUCAGGGGAGCAGCCAAAAAGAAGGCAUUCUUGCGAGAAGUAUUUUGCAAAGGGAAAUGAAUCCAGUAAUGAGAAAUCCUUGUCAGUCAGUACCUUUUAGGGGUUAAACCUAAAGCAUGGAUGACCAUUGACCAAAUUCUAACAAAUCAGUCAAUCCUCACCGACCCUCCCCUCUUUACAAUCUGACACCACUCUGGCUUCAGCCAGGUAACCUGCCCGGUACCUGUGAAACCCAUACGUUAUCCUUGGUUGUCCUGCAAUAAACCAGCCAUCAAGCUUUCCCCCCAGUCAGAGAGGCUGAGAUGAAGCAUAAUUAGGAGCGAUGUGGUUGGGAAAAAUCACUACCCCACUGUGCAAUCUUGGGCAAGUCACUUUACUUUCCUGUGCUUCAGUUUUCUCAUAUGUCAAAGCACCAGGGGCGAGGACCUCUACUUGCCCCUAGGUGGGGGCUAAGGAUGGGAAGAUCAUAGGCUGAUAAGGACCCUGAAGAGGUGAGAGCAUCAUCCAGAUGUGAGAUCUUGUUAUGAGCCCACGCUCUGACAUUCCCUGGUGAAACUUGCCCCAAACUGCAGUUAGUAAACUGGGAUUGAUGCCCAUCCCCCCCCAAAAAAAGAAAAUGCCAGACUAACUAGGAGAAUAGAAUGUUUUAAAGCUGCCCUUCCAGACUAGGAGUUUGUUGACUAGACACAUUGCUGUAAACAUCCUUGGAAGAAACUCUGGCUGUUGAAGACCCAAAUUCUAGUCUGUGGGUGGAUUUCUGAGCAUCCCUUCAAAGCCUAGAUUGCAUCAGGGAAUGUGGGGUGGAUAGUGAUCUGUUCCUUUCAUUGAGCAGUGAUCUGAUGUCCCCAUUUUGCCACUCUGCCUUCUGGGGAGCUGAGUGGUCGUGUGGCUCUGCUCCUCUUUAAAGAAAGAAGCCUCCUAGCCACAGGGGGCGCUCUUGGAUCGUUUCCUCCUGGACUCUCUACUGCAUGACUAAUUCUAUGACAGCAUACCUGGUCAGAGGUAGUUUCCAACUCAAUUCAUCUCAAAGCCAAGGAAAACAAAACACACACACACACCUCACUUUCUGGCAAUCCUUAAAGAAAGUCAAGGUCUCAUUUCCUUUCUUAGAAAAUUUCCACCAAGUUUUCUCUCCUGAAGCCAACAUACAAUGUGAAAUGAAAGCUAGGGGAUAGUAUUGCAAUGCAGCUGCUAAACCCUGUCAGCACAGGGCGCCUCCUGACUCUGCCCAUGAGACGUCAUCAGCUUCCCAAUAACUGGCAUGUCUUGGUCACGUUUCCUUCUUCUUAUGCUGUGUUAAUGUGUUUGCUUUCCAUUUGGCAGAGAGACAAGCGAGACGCCUCCAAUUUCGACAAAGAGUUCACCAGACAGCCUGUGGAACUCACGCCUACUGAUAAACUCUUCAUCAUGAACUUG